AUGGAGGAGUGUCUUUCAUUGUUGCCCUCGAAACGUCCCACUCCUAAUGAGAUACUCUGCAUUACUCGCCAAGUCCAGAAUUGCGAUUCUUCCUACUUCGAAUCCGUGGAAAGUCUUGGUGAGAAAAUAAGUUCUAACAGCAAGAAGGACUGGAUCUUGCGAGAAAUGCCGGUGGAAGAUGCACUGUUUCUUUGGAGGCUUUGUGGAUCUUCAGCUGAAGCCUUGUUAAUACGCAACAAUGUCAUCACUCUCCGCCAUCAAGUGCUUACAAACCCGAGUAUCGUGGUGGAGGACCUCAGGAUGUUCGGUAACGAUGAAGCUCGAAAGUCUUGUGUUAAACCUGGUGUUGUCAUGCUUCCUGAUAAGAAUAUCCGUGAGAAGUUGGGUACAAUAGCGUCAGCAGACAUUUUUCUGCAAUCGUCUCUCACUGCAACAGAGCCCGACAUUAACCAAAAUGAUAAUUUAUCUGUAAUAGUUAAAGAAAAGGAUAUGGUGUAUCAGGCAUCUCGUAUGCGGCUUAUUAGUCACCUCUUAGCUUCACUUUGGUGCGCUUUGCUAGAUGUCCGAUCAAGUGAUGAGUGGAACUUCUACCUUUCCAAUACGUUAGCUGUCCAUGUGAGCGAUAGACAACUGGACGUGGAUAUUCCUCGCUGUCAUCAGUACGAGGAGCUGAUGACAUCUCCCGCUGCUCACUAUGGAUUGCGACGUCUUCUGAAAGCGUGGCUCAUCAGUCAUCCUCAGUAUGUCUACUGGCAAGGGUGUGACAGCCUGGCGGCACCAUUUCUAUUGUUACAUUUCAACCGCAUGCCUACAGCGCUUGCCUGUCUCACUGCUUUCAUCCGAAAGUAUCUCAACAACUUUUUCCUAAAGGAUAAUUCUGCUGUGAUCCAAGAACAACUGGCUGUAUUCAACCAUCUGCUGGCUUAUGUCGAUGCUAAGUUGUAUACUCGGUUGGCUUCUAUGGAGUUUUAUCCGGAACUGUUUGCUAUACCAUGGUUUCUCACGUGCUUUGCCCAUGUCCUCCCCAUACAUAAAUUGUUUCACAUUUGGGAUCAGCUGCUGCAAAGAGAUUCGUCAUUCCCCCUUUUUAUAGCUACAGCGCUUGCCUGUCUCACUGCUUUCAUCCGAAAGUAUCUCAACAACUUUUUCCUAAAGGAUAAUUCUGCUGUGAUCCAAGAACAACUGGCUGUAUUCAACCAUCUGCUGGCUUAUGUCGAUGCUAAGUUGUAUACUCGGUUGGCUUCUAUGGAGUUUUAUCCGGAACUGUUUGCUAUACCAUGGUUUCUCACGUGCUUUGCCCAUGUCCUCCCCAUACAUAAAUUGUUUCACAUUUGGGAUCAGCUGCUGCAAAGAGAUUCGUCAUUCCCCCUUUUUAUAGGCUUGGCUAUUCUACGUCAACUUCGUCCUACCCUCAUAGAUGCUUCCUUCAACGACGCGAUAUUGUUGUUUUCUGACCUGCCAGAUCUAUCGAUGGAAGUAGUCGUCUCCGAUUCUGUGGCAUACUAUGAUCGCGUUCCUCCGAGUUGCGCUUUUCGCUCACACGCCACUGCAAGUAACACUCCAGUGGCAGCUCCUAGAGGAUUGCCAUGCAGUCUUCGGCCUGUUCCAUACAAAGAAAUGAAAAAAUGGCAUUGUCCUCGACUGUCACGGGAGGAGUUUGCAUGGAGAGUCACCGAUCAGUUGAUCGUUGCGAUCGACAUUCGUCCUCAGAUUGAGUUUGGGAGAGGCUGCGUUCUGCGCUCAAUCAACUACCCUAAUGUAAAUGACAAGUCGUUGCUGAACAUUGCUGAACCAAUGAAACUCGCUCAAAGAAACCAGCAUCCGAUUUGCAUUGUUGGUGGAAAGGAUGUCGAUAUAACUAAGAAGUUCUCUGCUGAUCUGGUGAAUCUCGGAAUUGAUGGCAUUUGCGUAUUGGAUGGAGGCUUCGAGUCGAUUCGUCAUGAUACGUCACUUAUUCACGUACCUCAUUAG